AUGAGUACACACCUCUCAGGAGGGAGAUUAAACGUAGCUUUGCUGCAAGAAAGUAUGAGAAAAGAACUAUUAAAUCUCUUACAGCUAUGUGAAGGGCCAAAAGUUACAAUAUGGGAUGAAUGGCUGGCAGGUCCAGUGGGUCUAGUGGCGCAGUAUUCACUUUUGAAAGAACAUGAAGUGGCUGACAUGUUUCCAUUGCGACCUGGCAGCCUGCCUACUAUAUCUGUCAAGCACAUAGUGUUCAUUGCUCGACCUAAACUUGUACUUAUGGAUUUGGUUGCCGAUUACAUUCUUUCUCUAAGAUCAAAACAAAAUGUUCCAGUGGAAUUUCACCUAUUCUUUGUACCAAGAAAAAGUGAAUUAAGUGAAAAACACUUAAAGGAUCGAGGUGUUCUUUCAAACUUGUCCAUUCAAGAGUUCAAAUGUGAUAUAUUUCCAUUUGAUAGUGAUGUAAUGUCUUUGGAGCUACAGAAUGAUUUUAGAGAGAACUAUUUAGAAGGCGAUCCCACGUGCCUUUACAAUGCGGCGCAAGCAUUACGUACUAUUCAACAUUUGUAUGGAAUCAUUCCCCGAGUCUUCGGUAAAGGGCCUGCUGCCAAACAGGUAUGGGAUCUUCUUUGCCGUUUAAACAAAGAAGACCAAGGCUCACCACCAAAAGGCUCGCCAACGUCUUGCAUCGAUCAGUUGUUGCUGAUAGAUCGUGCUAUCGAUUUCACCAGCGUUAUGGCCACCCAACUCACUUACGAGGGUCUCAUAGAUGAGCUAUUCGGUAUAAAAAAUUCAACUGCGACUUUCCCGGGUGAAAAGUUCGUGAGUGCGGAUGACGCCAGCCCUGAAGUGACAGCCCGCGAGAAGAAGCGAGUCAUACUUAACUCUAGUGAAGAAUUGUUCGCUGAACUUCGCGAUUGUAACUUCACUGCCGUUGGGGCAGCACUGUCGAAGAAAGCACGCGUUAUCAAGACGCAACUGGACGAGCGGCACAACGACAAGUCCGUACAAGAAAUCAAACAGUUCGUUUCCCGCCUUCCGCAGAUGCUCGCUAACAAGCAGUCAUUGGCCACUCACAUGGCCAUCGCAGAGUAUGUUAAAGAGACGACAGAUUCCUUCGAAUUCCAUGAUACGAUACAAUGUGAAGAAGACUUUCUGAAUUGCGUGGACAACGAAAAAGCGUGCCCUUUCAUCGAAGACCUCAUCGCACAGAAGGCUCCUCUCACUAAGAUUCUUAGGCUAAUAUGCCUACAAUGUGUUACUGGCUCCGGCUUCAAACCGAAGCUCCUUGAAUACUAUAAACGGGAAAUUGUGCAAGUGUACGGUCUCAAAACAUGGCUGACCCUCUGUAAUCUAGAGAAAUGCGGCUUGCUUCGUGCUCAAACCGGCGGCCGGCAGUAUGCUGUACUUAGAAAGACGUUACGUUUAACCAUGGAUGAAUCCGAGUUAGAUGCGAACGAAAAAAGUUAUCUGUCAAGCAAAUAUGUGCCCUUGGUCGUUAGACUCAGUGAACAUAUUGCAAAGAAUAAAGGAUGGACCGGUAUUUUAGAUGUACUGAAUUCUCUUCCCGGCCCUACAGUCGAUGAACUUCAGACAUUACAACCCCGUAUGGCACGACGGAACUCAGUUUCCAGCGACAACUCUUCCUCCCUAGAGAAUCCAAGAGUUAUACUUGUAUUUUUCAUUGGAGGAUGUACUUACAAUGAAAUAUCUGCACUCAGAAGUAUUAGUCACCAAGAAGACUCUAAUGUUGAAUAUGUUGUGUUAACUACCAAAUUAAUUAAUGGAAACACAUUUAUUGAAUCGCUUAUAGAGAAUGAAUAA